CUCUCCCCCAAGACUCUGAGCUUCUCUCUCCUUAUACCAUCCAGGGUCCCGCCAUCCCCAGGGGCUCUCCAAAGAGCUCUGCUCUUCCUUCCAGUCUCGCCCCAGGACAGCGGCCUUUAGGUCAUGCCUGGAGCUCAGCUUGCCCAGAGUCCAGAGGAAGGGGACGUGUGCAUUACUGAAGCCCUUAUUACUAAGCGGAACUUGACCUUCCCUGAGGAUGAGGAUCUGUCAGAGAAGAUGUUUCACACUAUUGCUGAACUACAGACUGUCCGCUUGGACCGGGAGGGGAUCACCACUAUUAUGAAUCUGGAAGGCCUCCAGAAUCUUCACAGCCUCUAUCUGCAAGCGAAUAAGAUACAGCGAAUUGAGAACCUGGCCUGCAUCCCCUCCUUGCGCUUCCUGUCUCUGGCAGGAAACCGAAUCAGGCAGGUGGAAAACCUUCGUGACCUCCCACACCUCCAGUUUCUGGACCUUUCUGAGAACCUGAUAGAAAAACUGAAGCUGGAUGAAUUCCCCCAGAGCCUUCUCAUCCUCAACCUGACUGGAAACAGCUGCACCAACCAGGAUGGCUACAGGGAGCUGGUGAUCGGAGCCCUGCCACUGCUCAUGGACCUGGACAGGCAGCCUGUGUCGGAGCGCUGGGACUCAGAUGAGGAGGGUAAAGCCUCGGAUGAAGAGUUCCCAGAGCUGAGUGGCCCAUUCUGCUCAGAGCGAGGCUUCCUCAAGGAGCUGGAACAGGACAUGAGCAGGCACAAGGAGCGCAGACAGCAGGCAGCCCAGAUGGAGCACCUUCUGAGGAUGGAGACACAGCCCGUGCUCACUGAGCUCCCCCAGCUGCCCGGGAGGUCCAUGGCUGGGGAUAGCAGCCCUUCUGUCACUGCCGGGCAAGGGAAGAAGACACCCCAUGAGCCUGCCCCCUUGCCUCAAGCCUCCUUUGCCACCAAGAAACUGUGGCCUCUGGUUUCCAAGGGCCCCCAAAACCUUGUCCAGGCAAGGAAGGGGGUGAGAGCAGCUGUAGCCCCCAAGGUCUCUGUGGCUGGGGCACCCAGCACAACCAAAACUAUGACCAGGAGAAUCAAGAAAUGA